AUGAUCUGCCUGAGCCUACAGAGAGUUUGUUGUGUGGUUUUAAACUGCAUUUCCCGCCUCUUCCCCUCCCCAAACAGCUCGUGCGAGACAAUGCUAUUCGGGGGCCCAGACCCAAAUCGAAGUAGUAUGCAUGAACCUGUGAAAGCCGCCAUGCCUAUGGUGUCGGAAGAACAGCCGUUCUGUUCUCCCCCUUCAGACUUUAGUCUUUCGGCCAAAAACUCAGUACCGAUCCGUUUACAUACCGUACGAAUUUGGUUUCAUCCCAAUGGACUCACACCUAUGGAAGACUUCAAAAAAAGGGGUCUCAAUGAUGUGGUUUUUGAUGCCAUUGCUCUUCAAGAGCUUGGCGAGCAGCAUCAAGCCCAGGAUGACCAUGGCAGCACGAAUGAAUCAUUCCUAGUGGACCUUGCGGUGCUCGAGGCUGGUAUAAUAAGGGUUCGAAGGGAAUAUGGGAUUAUAAAAUUCGUUCCCUUGAGCAGCGAUGACCCGAUUGUCUUGCAACAAUCGGUAACGGACCCUAACUCGAAGAAAUCUCUCUGUUACCAGCGCAUACACUCAAAAUACCAGCAGGAGUAUGAAAGAAGGCGAGACUUGGCAGAAUGUUUGGGAUACGAGAUACACAGGUCUUUGAAGGACUGGUAUGAUGACUGUCUCCGAGACAUUACGAGGCGCCUAGAACAACUCGGAUACAUUUGA